AUCCACCGUCGCCAAACAUCUGCCGUCCAGACCGCAGCUCGCAGCGACCUAAUCUCCGCAAAGAUGAAUCUCUUUCGACUGUUAGGGGAUUUAUCCCACCUGUUAUCCAUCUUGAUCCUAUUGCACAAGAUGAAGGUGUCAAGUAGCGCGUCUGGUAUCUCGUUCAAAUCGCAAUUCCUCUAUCUUGUCGUCUACCUUACACGCUACGUCGAUUUGCUAUGGACCUUCUACGAACCCAAGUCGCUCUACAAUACUUGUUUCAAGAUCAUCUUCAUCAGCACGUCAGCGUACACUGUCUACCUCAUGCUCAACGACUAUAAGCCAACCCACGACCCGAACCUGGACACGUUCAAGGUGCAAUAUCUGCUGGGAGCAAGCGCGGUGCUAGCCAUAUUGUUUCCAUACAAAUACACGUUUUCCGAGAUUCUCUGGGCUUUCUCUAUUUGGCUAGAAUCUGUGGCUAUCUUGCCUCAGCUAUUCAUGUUGCAAAGAACAGGCGAGGCCGAGACAAUCACGACGCAUUAUCUCUUUGCGCUGGGCGCAUACAGGGCGCUAUAUAUCCCCAACUGGAUCUACCGCUACUUCUUCGAGGUGCCCAAGUUCUACGACCCUAUUGCGGUGAUUGCUGGCAUCAUCCAAACCAUUCUAUACUCUGAUUUCUUCUACAUUUACUACACCAAGGUUGUCCAAGGCAAGAAGUUCAACCUGCCCGUCUAGGUGUCGCGCGUGUAACUUGCUCUCUUUCUGUCGCUGGUGGCCGGUUUUGGCCUGAUUUGGACGGGAUAUAGUAGGAUAUCUGCUUAGGAAGGCGUAUUGUAGGGCUAUUAUUAUGGGUGGGCGCACGGCUUCGGCGGUCUAGGACACAUGUGGACAUGAUACCACCAGUGGGCGCAAAAUGGCGAGAAAACGGAUAUGUAGGAUGAUAGUUCUGAACCAAUGGCUCAAACUCCAG